AUGUCCGCCCAGGUGCCCAUCCCAGUGUUUAAUUCCAUCGAAGACAUAUACCCCUCCGACUCGGCUGUCGUACGGGAACGGCAGCGCUGGACCUCCCUCAAAAACAAGUUUGGGGAAAAGUUUGGAGGCCAACCGGUCUACAUCGUCCGCGCCCCCGGGCGAGUCAACGUUCUGGGAGAGCAUAUCGACUACUCGCUUUUUCCAGUGCUACCCGCAGCUAUCGAGCAGGACAUCCUAUUUGCCAUCCGGCCGGCUCCAGUCGAUGAGGGAGAUGUCCCAAAAGUCAGAUUGGAAAACUCAGACACCAAAUAUUCGUACCCCGGCUGUACAUUCACCCUCACCCCUCCCUCUAAUUCCGAAAAGGGAAGAGAGAGCUGGGACGUGGGGCUCAAAGACGCCGAAGGAUGGGACAAGUAUGUGCGGGUCGCUUUGCUAGAGUGUCUCGAAGAGCUGUUCCCUGGAGGCAAGCGAGUCGACGAGGGAAAAGCGCCAGUGGGGCUAGAAGUCUUGAUCAGCGGAACCAUCCCUCCUGGCUCUGGUCUGAGUAGCUCUGCUGCAAUGGUUGUAGGCUCUGUCAUCAUGUUUCUGGUAGCCAACAAUCUCACCCAGGGGCGCACCAAGGCCGACGUGGUAUCGCUCGCCAUCAACAGCGAGCAUCGAAUGGGACUUCGAACCGGAGGAAUGGACCAGUCCGCUUCGGCUCUUGCUCUGCCUAACAACCUUCUUCACCUUUCAUUUCACCCUACCCUACUGCCCACCCCUCUGCCUUUGCCGGGAAGUUUGAGCCUGGUCAUCACAAACUCUUUGGCACCUCAUUCCUUGACCGACUCUGCGCCGGAAGAGUAUAAUCUCAGGGUCAUCGAGAUUUUGAUUGCCACGCGCCUACUUCUCAAUCGCUGGAAACUCUCCUCGAGCUUCAAUGAAGCCCCCAGACCGUGGCUGCGAGAGGUGCUGGGCGUCUGGUCGGGCGAAACGGACGGAGAGCAUAUGGGCUGGGAGAAAGAAAGGGAGGUCGUUGAAAAGGCCCUCGGAGACAUUGGAUGGUUACGGAAAGAUGGUGGCUGGAGUAGAGAGGAGGUCAUCGCUGUUUCUGGCUUGAAGGAAGAGGAUUUCCGCAAGAGCUACUUGGAGUACCUGGAGAUUCGAGCAGACGCCUUCCACCUAUACGAACGACUUCACCACACCUUCUCCGAGUCGCUUCGUGUCCACCGCUUUGUGUCUCUCUGCCAAUCUCUUGGCGCAUCCACCAAACCAUCCGAACCCUUAUCAAAGAGCUCUUUGUCUUUGCUGGGUGAGCUGUUCAACGACUCUCACUCUUCCAUGCGCGACACCUAUGACUGUACCCAUCCAUUCGUGGAUAAGCUCCAAGACCUGUGUCUUGAGGCUGGUGCGCUUGGGUCGAGGAUGACCGGAGGAGGGUGGGGAGGCAGCGUGGUCUCUCUGGUCAAGAGCGAGGAAGUGCCAGUGUUCCUCGAUACUGUCAGGAAAGGCUAUGAGAAGUAUAGGGAUUUGGAUGAUCAGGCGUGGGUAGAAGUUGGAUUUGCCACCAUGCCCGGGCAUGGCGCGGGUAUCUUCGUGGUAGGUGGCAGUGCUUGA